UCAUUUAAUUUAAUUGGCUAUUGCAGAAUGGUGAGACCCCGUUGCACGUAGCAGCUAAGAAUGGAUAUAACGAGGCAGUCACGAUGCUUCUUAAUCGUGGUGCCUAUUCUAAAGCUACAACAAAUAACCUCAUGACUCCAUUACAACUUGCUACUUGUUAUGCACUGCGAUCGAAAAACUACUUGACAGUGAAAACAUUGUCAGAGAGCAAUGCUAAUUGCUUGGUGAAACGUGAUGGAAUAAAUGGAAAGAUGGAUGAGUUUGAACGUGAACUAUCCAAGAUAGUCGGACUUCGUGAGCUUAAACGACAGCUCAAGACAUGGGCAAAAGGAAUGCUCAUGGAUGAGAAGCGUCGUGCCAUGGGAGUAAAUCUUGGACCAAGAAAAGCACCUCAUAUGGCAUUCCUUGGAAAUCCCGGGACAGGUAUUUUCGAUGAAUUUUCCUUAUAUAUCUUUCAGUGUUUUUAUUUAUAA